AAAAAGCAAAAAAAAAAAAAAAACGGAAGAAAGGCUUCGGGAUUAGAAGUGUCCGGCGUUUAGUGCCUCCAUCUCCUCGUUGAUCAUAAAACCUCUUAUGUUGGUGUCAUUCCUGAUAAUUUACCUUGGACAUGAUACAGUUCGAUUUGUUUUGGGCCCCGGGUUUCCUUUUCAGGUGUGGUUAUGAAAUGUUCCGAGCAUGUUGGACUUUUUCUGUUCUUGUCCGAUUGGUCGUUGGAGUUACUUUUUUAAUACCCCUCGCACGUUGUGGGAAAAAGGCAUCUGGAUAGACUUUCGUUCUGGUUAUUGUGUCGUUUUCUGUGGGAUCAGCAUGUACACAGUUUCUUUCUCCUUGCCUUUGGUUAUUUCCUUUCGUUCGCCGGUUUUCCCUUACUGUUUUGCGAUCUGUUACAAUUAUACCCCAGUUACCCACUUCCCCUACCUAACCUUACGUGGAUUGCCUUACACUGCCAGUGUGCCAUAUGAUGUUUCUUAUGCACUCAUGUUCUCCAUGGGAGGUUUCAGAGGCUCUUGACCCGAUGCAGUGAUUAAUGUAACCUUAUUUGAUUGAAUUGUCUCUGUUCGAAAAGUUAACUAGUCACGGACAAUAAUACUAUACAUAUCUGAUGUAGGCCAAGAUCUCUCUAUCUCUCCCUCGCUCUCACCUGUGGCACCAAGUUCAUGGGUCCGCAGUGGUGGCGAAUAUCACGCGCUGGGCUUGGCUUAAGGUGGUCUGAUGAAGAUGGCCAUCUCCUAUGUGAGCCCUGGAUCAAGGUGUAAGUGAGGGGACGACGUAUUAUGGUCUAAGUCGGGGUUUAGUUUUGCAUCGAUCGGUAUUUCCAGGACCCUGUAGAUCCGCCACCGCCGUCAUCGUGUCUGAACCCCGGGCGUUCGGCGAUGCUUAGAUGGUUUGCCUCCUAGUAUGAUUGACCACUUUAGGUAAAUGGGUACCAUCUUCACUAGUUGCAUGGUCAUCCGGGUCCCCUUCGCUACCACCAGUAGUUCUAACUAGGUACUAAAUAGUUGGAUCUAGUCUAAUGCCAUGCGAAUCUCGACACCUCUUACGAAGGGUAUCCAUACGUCAUUCUCAGAGUUGAGGCUCUACGAUUUUUGGGAGGUCAAAAUAAAUCAUUUGGACACCGAAAAAAGAAAAUAAAAAAAAAAAAAGAA